GGUUACAUAGGUUCAAAAUGAUUGUUUUUAUAUAUAUCCUUAAUUCAGUAGGAGGGUUCAGGGGAAAUGUUUUUGUCCAAUAUAGAAACUGGUGACACCUGUGUGUAUUGUGGCGAUGAAAAGUUGCUGUAGAAUUUACAAGUGGGAAGAAGUGGAGUGAUAUUUGGAAAUCUGACUUUUUGAAGCGUAAUUGAGCAAGCAAACCACUUAUGGACAAUGUGCAAAAGCUCUGGUUAAAAAAUGACAAGGAAUUUGUCUACAGGAAUCUCAAACAGAACAUACCAGUUUUGCUGUCUCUAUCCAGAUAUUUAAGAAGUGGAGCAAGGGAUUCACUCGAUCAUCCUUCCCGCUCAGACUGUGGGGAGGGAUUCACUCGAUCAUCAUUCCCGCUCAGACUGUGGGGAGGGAUUCACUCGGUCACCCUUCCCACUCAGACUGUGGGGAGGGAUUCACUCGAUCAUCUGACCAACUGGCAUGCCCGUUAUUUUGCAGAGGGUAGAUGCCAUUCAUCUGCUCAGACAGUGGCAAUGGAUUCACGCGGACAUUUCAACUGAAGGUGCAUCAGCAAGUUCACACUAGGACAAGGCCAUUCACCUAUUCUGUGUGUGAGAAGGGAUUUAGUCAGCGUUCCCACCUGUGGACACACCAGUCAGUUCACACUGGGCAGAAGUUGCUCAUCUGUUGAAUUUGUGGGGAAAGAUUCACUCGGUCAUCUGACAUAAUGGCUCAACAGCGAGUUGACACUGGGGAGCAGCCGUUCACCUGCUCAGACUGUGGGAAGGGAUUCACGUUGUCAGCUCAUCUGCAAGCACACCAGUCAUUUCACACUGGGGAGAGGUCACUCACCUGCUCAGACUGUGGGAAAAGAUUCACUUCAUCAUCUCAACUUAAGAUACAUCAGCGAGUUCACACUGGGGAGAGGCCGUUCAGUUGCUCAGUCUGUGGGAAGAGAUUCACUCGGUCAUCUGACCUAAUGUCUCACCAGCGAGUUCACACUGGGGAGAGGCCGUUCACCUGCUUGGACUGUGGGAAAGGAUUCACUCAGUCAUCAGCACUGAAGGUACACCAGCGAGUUCACACUGGGGAGCGGCCGUUCACCUGUUCGGACUGCGGGAAGGGAUUCAGUUGCUCAUUUAAACUGAAGGUACAUCAACGAGUUCACACUGGGGAGCGGCCGUUCACCUGCUUGGACUGUGGGAAGGGAUUCACUUGCUCAUCUAAACUGAAGGUACAUCAACGAGUUCACACUGGAGAGACGCCAUUCACGUGCUCAGACUGUGGGAAGCGAUUCACUCGGUCAUCUCACCUAAUGUCUCACCUGCGAGUUCACACGGGGGAGAGGCCAUUCACCUGCUCAUACUGUGGGGAAUCAUUGACUUGGUCAUCUGACCUAAUGUCUCACCAGCGAGUUCACACUGGAGAGAGGCCGUUCACUUGCUCAGACUGUGGGAAGGGAUUCACUCGGUCAUCUCAACUGAAGAUACAUCAGCGAGUUCACACUGGAGAGAGGCCGUUCACCUGCUCAGACUGUGGGAAGGGAUUCACUCUGUCAUCCACCCUAAUGACACACCAGGCAGUUCACACUGGGGAGCGGCCGUUCACUUGCUUGGACUGUGGGAAGGGAUGCACGUUGUCAGCUCAUCUGCAAGCACACCAGUCAUUUCACACUGGGGAGAGGUCACUCACCUGCUCAGACUGUGGGAAAAGAUUCACUUCAUCAUCUCAACUUAAGAUACAUCAGCGAGUUCACACUGGGGAGAGGCCGUUCAGUUGCUCAGUCUGUGGGAAGAGAUUCACUCGGUCAUCUGACCUAAUGUCUCACCAGCGAGUUCACACUGGGGAGAGGCCGUUCACCUGCUUGGACUGUGGGAAAGGAUUCACUCAGUCAUCAGCACUGAAGGUACACCAGCGAGUUCACACUGGGGAGCGGCCGUUCACCUGUUCGGACUGCGGGAAGGGAUUCAGUUGCUCAUUUAAACUGAAGGUACAUCAACGAGUUCACACUGGGGAGCGGCCGUUCACCUGCUUGGACUGUGGGAAGGGAUUCACUUGCUCAUCUAAACUGAAGGUACAUCAACGAGUUCACACUGGAGAGACGCCAUUCACGUGCUCAGACUGUGGGAAGCGAUUCACUCGGUCAUCUCACCUAAUGUCUCACCUGCGAGUUCACACGGGGGAGAGGCCAUUCACCUGCUCAUACUGUGGGGAAUCAUUGACUUGGUCAUCUGACCUAAUGUCUCACCAGCGAGUUCACACUGGAGAGAGGCCGUUCACUUGCUCAGACUGUGGGAAGGGAUUCACUCGGUCAUCUCAACUGAAGAUACAUCAGCGAGUUCACACUGGAGAGAGGCCGUUCACCUGCUCAGACUGUGGGAAGGGAUUCACUCUGUCAUCCACCCUAAUGACACACCAGGCAGUUCACACUGGGGAGCGGCCGUUCACUUGCUUGGACUGUGGGAAGGGAUUCACUCGGUCAUCUGACCUGAAGAUACAUCAGCGAGUUCACACUGGAGAGAGGCCGUUCACCUGCUCAGACUGUGGGAAGGGAUUCACUCGGUCAUCUCAACUACGGAGACACCAGCGAGUUCACACUGGGUAGAGUCUGAUCACCUGCACAGACUUUGGGAAGAGAUUCUCUCAGCCAGAUCAACCAACUGUGCAUCAUUGAGUUCACACUGGGGAGAGGCUGUUCACUUGCUGUUAAUGUGGGAAGCGAUUCACUCAGCCAGCUAACCUUAUGUUAACUCACUUUGGCUGGCAACUUAAGUUUGGAGUUGAUAGUCCCCAGCCCGGCCAAACUUAAGAAAUCUUGUUUGGGUGGAUGCUGUGUGACGUGUCCCCUGUUACAGAUCAGUACACUGAAAUUACAAACAGUACACAAUAUGUGAUUAAACAAUUGAGCUUUAUAAUUCUUACUUUGACUGUAGGGUUAGUAAAGUAAACAAACAAAAAAAAAGGAAAAGGGCCCACUCUCUCCAUUCACGUCUUCUCAUCUCUCCCCAGCAAAUGACCACAAAAUCUCUCCUCCAGACUCACAAGAAAGAAGAUUUCUCUCAUCGGAUAGCCCUGCACUCCAAAACCCUGUUUUCUCUGGUCUUAACCUAAACAUUGCUGCUUACAGAGAAACCAUUGUCU